AUGGCGGCGCCGUCGUUCCCAUCGGACCUUCUCCCUGGCCGCUGGGUCUCCUCUGCCAGCCAUCGAGCUCGCCCCGAUGACGAGAUAGCGCUCAGUCUCAGGUACGAGGCAAUGCAGCUGGAUGACUCAGACGGUGCCCUCGAUUGCUGGGCUGGGUUCUACGCGCUGACCGGCGAGCUCGUCGGCGGUGCCGGCGAUCUCUCCGUUUGCUCGUGCCUGGCGACCGUCGUGGCGGACCUCUAUGCCCGCGGCCUCGCCACGCUCGUCCGCGACUACUUCCUCCGCAACCUCGAGGUUAAUGAACAAGAAGUGGCUAAUAACAUUGCUGGGAUUUUGGCCCGCUUGGUGAAAGGGUUUGUUGGAACUGCCAUUGCGUUCGGGUGCUUCUCUUGCGUCGCCAUCAUCGCCAAGCGCCGGGAGUACAUGUAUCUUCAUGGUUUGCUCUCUUCUGGCCUGUCAAUCCUGCACUGGCUGCAGUUCGCCACAUCCAUCUUUGGCCACUCCACCAACAGCUUCAUGUUUGAGGUUUACUUCGGCAUGUUGAUCUUCCCGGGGUACAUGGUAUACGACCCGCAAGAGAUCAUUGAGAGGGCACACCACGGCGACAUGGACUACAUCAAGCAUGCACUCACCCUCCUCACUGACUUCAUCACCAUCCUUGUCAGGAUCCUCAUCAUCAUUGUGAGCACCCAAACCACAUUCGUAGCAUAUUCAUUCUCCAUCCACUGGUUACCACAAUAUAUGGUCCAUGUUGAUGUGGGAUGAUCUGAUCUAUUGUGCUGAUGUUGCUGGUUUCCAUUGCUGCUCAAGAACGCAUGUGACAAGUCAAAAGAAGGGGAGGAGGAGGAGGAGGUCUUGAACAUUUCCUUUGCACAUAGUAGAUACUAAUGCUACUACCACCAUUGCUACUGGUACCACCACUGUUACGUAAGAAGGCUUGUGCAGUAACUUCUGUAUGAGGAGUAGGAGGUCUUGAACAUUUCCUCUGCACAUAGUAGAUACUACUGCUACUACCACCAUCGCUACUGGUACCACCACUGCUACGUAAAAAAGCUGGUGCAGUAACUUCUGUGUGUUCACACCGUUAAUUCGUGUGUGUGAGUCUGAUGCGACUUUGAAGCUUUUGCUCAUACGGUUCAUUUCGGAUUUCCGGUACUCCUGCCGUGUUUCAUGAGUUGGUUGAAACCUAGAACGUAUUCGUAAGUGAAUUGGUUUU